ACAAGACAACCAUCAUCUUAUGAAGAGUGUAUGGUAUAUAUUCAAUCGUCCUAUAAUGCAGCGAAUAUAUUAUAUUUAUAUCAAAAGUAUAAAAUGGCAUUUGAGAUUAUCAACAAUGGUUUGAAAUAUUUCGAAUCAAAUACAGAAUUGUGUACUAGUAAACAAAUCAGAAAUGCAAAAAUGUGGUCUAUACUAUUAAUAUCGUUGAGCUUCGAUAUAAUGAAAUAUAUGAAAAACAUUUCUGACAGCCAAAAAUUGGAAACAAAAAAUAAAAUAUUAUCUGGAAUAAAGGAAUAUAAUGAAGCAAAUGACGGAUCGUUUCCCAUCUUAGCAAUAAUAUUUGUUCGAAAAUUAUUUUUAGAAAUGGAGACCUCUAAUGAUAUGUGUAAAGAACUUAGAAACUGGUUACUUCCUAAUCAGUUAGAUAUGUCCAUGGAAAACGAUGAUUUAUAUAAGAAAUAUAUUACCACGUACAAGUCCUUCUUAAUUUUCUUUCAUAAUUCUGAUUUGAAUAAUACUUUUAACAACAUAUUUAAAGCAAUUGAAAAGCCAGUCUUAAACAUAGAAGAUAGACUACUAAACUAUUUUGCGAUUGAAUCGACAUUAACAGAAGUUAACAAGUACAUUCAAGAACAUGAUACAGACGAGUUUAUUAUGGACAAAUUUAGUAUAUUUGAAGAUUAUGUAAAAAAUAAUAACGAUUUGUUUGACCUGCGGUUAACAACUAUUCCGAAAUUGCGCAUUUUAUAUGAUAGGAGUAAUACAAAUUUUAUAAAAAUGCUUUAUGAAGAUUUAAAGAUGAAAAAUAAAAUUAUCAAUGAAAACAUAUUAUAUUUAAUUCUCUCUUCGAUGUUAAAUAUGAACACACAACCAAAACAAUUAUAUAAUGACAAUAAGAGAAAUGUCGAAAUUGGGUAGUGAGGAAAAAAAAAA